AUGCGUGGAUCGCUGGCGGUCUUUCUCACUGCCCUUGGUGGCAUCCAGCCUUCUCUUGCACUUCCUCAUUCGCACACCAGCUAUGUCGACUGGAAAACUUUCAAGGCAAAUGGUGUGAAUCUUGGAGGCUGGCUGGUACAAGAGUCAACAAUAGACACUCAGUUCUGGAACACCUAUUCUGGUGGAGCGUCGGAUGAAUGGGGACUCUGCCAGAAUCUGGGAUCCCAGUGUGGCCCGGUCUUAGAACAUCGAUACUCAACCUUCAUAACAAAGACAGACAUCGACAAGCUUGCUGAUGCUGGUGUCGGGAUUUUGCGGAUCCCAACAACCUAUGCGGCAUGGAUCAAGCUCCCCGGAUCUCAGCUGUAUUCGGGUAAUCAAACUGUCGCCCUGAAAGAGAUUGCUGAUUAUGCGAUCAAAUCCUACGGUAUGCACAUUAUCGUCGAUAUCCAUUCACUCCCGGGCGGUACCAAUGGAAAGGACAUUGGUGAGGCCACGGAUCACUUUGGCUGGUUCCACAACACAACUGCCUUUGAUAACUCCCUCAAAGCCAUUGACGCCGUCAUCUCCUUUGUCCAAAACUCCGGUUCUCCCCAGUCAUACACCAUCGAACCCAUGAACGAGCCAUCUGACAGCAGAAACAUGUCAACGUUUGGUACCCCAGCCGCACUGUCAGACCGCGGCGCAACCUGGGUCCUGAAAUACAUAAAAGCAGUCAUCAAUAAGGUGGAGGAAGCCAACUCCAAGAUCCCAGUUAUGUUCCAGGGAAGCUUCAAGUACCCAUCAUACUGGUCUGGCAACUUUUCCGCAGACACAAAUCUCGUCUUUGACGUGCACAACUACUACUUCGAAGGCCGCCCAACAACUUCUGAAAACCUGCCUACUUACAUCUGCUCCGACGCAAAGAACAAAGCCGUCGACGACACGUUUCCUGUGUUCGUAGGCGAGUGGUCGAUCCAGGCAAAGCAGAAUAAUACCUUUGCGCUUCGUUCGCGCAAUGUGAACACGGGGAUCCAAGCCUUUCACAAUUAUGCCCAAGGUAGCAGUUACUGGACUGCUAAAUUCUCGGGUAAUGCCACGGUGAAUGGACAAGGGACACAGGCAGAUUACUGGAGCUAUCCGUAUCUUGUUAGUGGGAGUAGCAUGGAUAUGGCGAUUAUUCAUGACUGGUAA